AUGAGCAUUAUUUGUUUAUUCAUAUUAGUACUUAUCUUGCCAAGUACUAAACAAUUUGAUCUAGAAACUUGUCGAUCUCCGUUAGGAAUCGAAACAGGUAAAAUAUUAGAUUCAGCUUUUUCAUCAAGUAGUCAUACUGGAAUAAAUUCAACAGCAUCACAAGCAAGAAUUCGAAGUGAAAAUAAUGGAUGGUGUCCGUUAAAUAAAAUUUCAACAACAACAUAUGAAUAUAUACAAAUUGAUUUAGUCAAUGUAACCGUUAUUACACUUAUUGAACUUCAAGGAAAAUUUAGUCAACAACCAAAUGAACAAUAUGCUGAUUCAUUUCGUAUUGAAUAUCGUCGUGAAAAUGAACAAAAAUGGAUUAAAUAUAAAGAUUUUUCAGGGCAAUAUAUUUUAAGUGGAAAUGCAAAUAGUCAUAUACCAACUAUACGUGAUAUUUUACCAUCAUUAAUUGCUAAACAAAUACGAAUUAUACCGAUCGUAACUACACUAAAACCUAAAUAUAUUUGUAUGCGUUUAGAACUUUAUGGAUGUUCGUAUGGAGAUGGUCCUAUGUCUUAUUCAAUGCCACAAGGUGAUAAACGUAGUUAUGGCGUAGAAUUUGUUGACGAAACAUAUGAUGGAUAUUAUGAAAAUGGAACAUUAAAAGGUGGUCUUGGUCAAUUAACUGAUGGAAUUAUAGGUGGUGAUGAUUAUCGUUUAACAGAUAAUUUUCAUGGUAUUGGUAAAGUUGGUCAUGAUUGGAUAGGUUGGAAACGAAAAUUAUCUUUACCAUCAAAUAUAAAUCUUUAUUUUAAUUUUAAUAUAAUAAAAAAUUUUACUUCAAUUCAUAUACAUGCAUCAAAUUUAUUUCUACGUGAGAUAUAUCUUUUUAAUUCAAUUAUGAUAACAAAUUGUGACGAUAAAAUUCUUCGUAAAACAUUUUUAAUUAUACCUGAUGAUUCAAUAAAUCCACAUGCAAGAUUUAUUAAUAUUUCAUUAGUUUCUGGUUAUGGUAUAAUAACUAAUUGUUUAAAAGUAACAUUAACUUUUAAUAAUCGAAGUAAAUGGAUACUUAUUAGUGAAGUUCUAUUUGAUUCUAUACCAAUAAUUACUAAUAUUCCAUUGCUAACAACAACAAAUGUUAAUUAUUUACCACCUUUAAUUGAUAAUGGAAUAAAUCUUACUCAAUAUUGGUAUUGGUUAUUACUUGCAUCAAGUCUUUUUAUUCUAUUAAUUGUUUUAUUAAUAUUUAUUUAUUUUCAAUGGAUUCAAUCAUCUCGACAUCGACGAAAACUUCAUGAAAUGACAGCUCAUUUAAAAUUUGAUUCAAGUUAUCAACCAAUUUCAAUAAAAUUUCCAGUAAAAUCACGAAUGCAGUGUUGUUAUACUACGACAAGUGACAGUACUAAUUCGGAAAGUAAUUCAACAUGUUCUAUUUCACACAAUGAUAUUCGUCGUCAGUUAAUUAUUUCAACAGCAACUUCACCAAGUGGUGGUACAGGUACGAGUGCUUCAGAUUUUGGUACAAUUAGUACGGCAAGUCCAACAACAAUGUCAACUGCUUAUCAAUCAGUUGUUAAUCCGUAUUUAACAGCUGUUACACAAGAUGCACUUACUGUGACAUCAAAUCCGUAUGCUUCUAUUGAUGUAUAUACAAAUCCAAUAACAUUUGAUGAAACAAUUAAUAUAAAAAAACCAAUAAAAAGUAUUCAAGGUCCAUGUGGUAAUAGUAUAUAUCAAUCAUUAUCUAUAAUAAAAGAUACAAAUGUUAAAAUAAUAAUUCCACGUAUUCCUGAUGAACAAUUAAUUAUGGAAGAACGUUAUUCAACAAUGGAUGGAUGUUUUGGAACGAUUAUUCGAGGUUAUAUUUAUUUUCGUCAUCCAUGUGAUAUACUUAAACCUGUACUUAUUAAAGCUCUGACAACAAAUGAUUCUAUUCAAAAAGAAUUAUUUAAUAAAGAACAUGAAUUAAUGUAUCGUUUAAAUCAUCCAAAUAUAGUUCAAUUUUUUGGUUAUACACUUAAACAAAACUAUGCUCUUAUUGAACAUAGUAACUUAGGUGAUCUUUAUACAUUAUUGUCAACUACACAAUGUAUUCAACAUGAUCAAGUACCACUUACGUUAAAUGUUCGCCUUCUUAUGAUAACACAAUUAACAAAUGCACUUCGUUAUCUUGAAUCAGAAAAUAUUGUUCAUCGAGAUAUAGCUGCAAGAAAUUGUUUAAUUUAUCCAAAUUAUGAAAUUAAAUUAAUGAAUUCAGCUAUAACAUCAAUACAAUUUCAAUCACAUUAUUUUAAAAUAAAUGAUUAUCGUUUACCAAUACGAUGGAUGGCACCAGAAACAAUUGCAAAUAAUGAAUUUAGUAUUCAAUCAGAUGUAUGGUCAUUUGGUAUAACACUUUGGGAAAUAAUGACAAAUUGUUUAACAUUACCAUAUGCUUUAUUAAAUAAUGAACAAGUUUAUCAACGAUUAAGAUUAAUGGGAAAUAAUAUAAUGAAAUCAUCAGGUAGUUUACAAUUAUCAAAACCAGAAUAUUUAAGUAAAGAACUUGUUGAUUUAAUGCUUGAAUGUUGGCGUCCAUAUGGUGAAAGACCAACAUUUCAUGAAAUAUUUACUUUUUUUAAUAAACGACUUGACGGUAUUAAUAUUAUUUGA